AUGGCCGUCGCUCCGUCCUUCGAGUUCGACCCGCUGCCGCCGUCCCCGCGGGCGUCCAUGCUGCCCACCACCAACGAGAGCGCCGUGGGCAUCCGCAACGGCCACUUCGUGGACGCGCAGGGCCGCGUGCGGCUGCUGCGCGGCGUCAACCUGGGCGGCUCCUCCAAGCUGCCGAGCGGCUACCAGCACACGGACCGCCACUCGCGCAGCAGCUUCUUCGACGGCGCCGCCUCCGUGUCCUUCGUCAACCGGCCCUUCCCGCUGAGCGAGGCGCCCGCGCACUUCGCGCGGCUGCAGCGCUGGGGGCUCACGCUGCUGCGCUUCAUCGUGACGUGGGAGGCCAUCGAGCACGGCGGGCCGGGCGUGUACGACCGCGAGUACCUGCGCUACAUCCGCGACAUCCUUGCAAUCGCCGCGGACUACGGACUCAGCAUCUACGUGGACCCGCAUCAGGACGUCUGGUCCAGGUGGACAGGAGGGGACGGUGCCCCCAUGUGGACGCUGGAAGCUGUAGGACUCGAGCCGCGGCACUUUGAAGCUACCAAAGCCGCGCUCUGCGUCGAGACGUGCGGACUGGAAGUGUCCAAGUUUCCCAAGAUGAUCUGGCCCACCAACUACUUCAAGAUGGCGUGCGCCACCAUGUUCUCGCUCUUCUGGGGCGGCGCCAAGUGCGCGCCGUCGUGUCGGAUCGAGGGCGUGCAGGUGCAGGAGUACCUGCAGUCGCACUACUUGAACGCCAUGUCGGAGCUGGCCGAGGCGCUGAAGGGGCUGCCGAACAUCGUGGGCUUUGGCACCAUGAACGAGCCGUCGUCCGGCUACUUGGGGCUCGAGGACCUCAGCAAGCACUUCCACCACGGAGAGCUCAAGUACGACUUGGCCCCCACGCCGUUCCAGGGCAUGGCGCUGGCCGACGGCUACCAGCAGGUCAUUCAGCGCUGGUCCAACGGAGCGAACCAGCACGUGCUGGGACGGCCUGAUGAGCUGGUCACUGUGGAUCCGAACGGGGUGCGCGCGUGGAAGCAAGGACGACGCUGUGUGUGGCGGGAGGAAGGGAUCUGGGACGUGGACAGCAUGACGGGCCAACCGGUGCUGCUGCGUCCUGACCACUUUGCAGGGAUCAUGUUCGGUCGAGACUGCUACGUGCCUUUUGCAGCGAGAUUUGCGGAGCGUAUCCGCGGUAUUUUGCCGCACAUUUUGCUGUUCGUGGAGUUACCGCCAUUGGAAUUCAGCAUCGACGAGUUCCCGGAGAUCGACGAUACGCUCAUUCCGCGCGCAGUAAAUGCCACGCACUGGUACGAUGGUGUCACGCUGUUCCUACAAGCCUGGCGCCCGUACUUCACGGUAGAUCCGAGGACCAAGCGCCCUGCAUUCGGGUUCGCUGCAGUGCGCAGAACACACCUGAAGCAGCUCGCGGGUAUCAAAGUGUACGGCAACGAGCAGAUGAACAACGCGCCGACGCUCAUCGGAGAGACCGGUAUCCCCUUCAACAUGCACGGCGGCAAAGCAUUCCGGAAUGGGGAUUUCCGCGCACAAGUCGGCGCGCUGGACAACACCAUCUCGUGCCUUGAGGCGUCCCUGGUCUCCUUCACGCUGUGGUGCUACACGUCCGACAACUGCAACGAGUACGGCGACCAGUGGAAUCUGGAGGACUUGAGCCUCAUCAGUAAGGACAAGCCCAUCCGGUCUGGACUGCAGCUUUCGGUGCCGGAGCGAGACGCCUGCGCCCGAGCAGUUCAAGCGUUCGCUCGUCCCUACGCCACACGCAUCGCCGGCACCCCGUCCAAGUCCGAGUUCUUGCUCGAUCGCGUGCGGUACGAGCUCGAGUACGUAUCGGACCCUGGCAAGUCGAACGAGACCUCCAUGCACCCGACGGAAGUGUUCAUUCCGCACCUGCAGUACCCGCAGGGCUACUCCGUCGAGAUCUCCGACGGCCACUUCAGCGUCCAGUCUCACGAUGGUUGGGACGUCGUGAGCUACCUGCACGACGCGUCCAAGGCCAACCACUGGUUCGUGAUCUCGUCGAAGGACCAACAGGCUUGCCAGAUGCAUGCAUACAUCAUGCCGUGUCGUGUUAAGUACGGCUCACUAUCAUUGUCGAGCUUGACCAAUUUAAUGCGCAAGGACCAACCUGAGGCGAUGAUCGACCGCCGCUACCACCGCUCCCUGCAGGUGUUCUCGUGGGUGGCCUGCGGGGCCAUGACGGCCAAGCUGGUGCUCUUCACCGAGUACGGCACGCGGAGAGGCCACGGCGAGCACGAGCACGUCUUCACGGGGGUAAACCCUGAUGCUUUUCAACAUUUGAUUGAUACACACGCGUAG